GUAGUUCACAACGCAGACGCCUCAGUAUCCCCUGAACCUCCGAAGCGGUCGCGUCUGGCGCCUACACAACGCUUUUCAGCCUGCCGCUUACGCGACUUUUCAGCCACUGAAAAAACCCAACGAAAUUGCCGAUUCAAAACUUUAUCAGGAUGAUUAUGUGUUUUAGCAUUGUGUUAACUUGUGUGAUGUGUUUCUUUUAACAUAUUUCCAAAAAGGAUACCCGUCAAAUGUGUGAAUAAUUUUUACUGUGAUACUUCUUGUGAAUUGUCUAUUGUGCCUACUGGAUAAUUUUUAACCGUGUUAAUGUGGGUGACAUUUUUGGAUUAAUUUUGUGUUUUUUCGAACUAUAAAUCCCUAAACUUUUAAUGAUUUAUAUAUGAAAUGAAAAUAUCGUUCUGAAAAAUUUAUUCGAAUGUUGAAGGCAUAAUUUUCGAUAUGAAUAUGACUAAUUAUCUCUAAUGCUGGUAGAGUUUCCUGCAGGAAAUUUAAAAUCAAACACAUCAAAAAUGAAUUCCACGUACAAAUUCUUGCUCUUGCUUUUGCGGAUAUCAGGAUUAUGCCUGUUGGCUGGUGUGGAUGCUCGCGAACAAAAGUUUGCCAUGGAACCGCAGGACCAAACUGCUGUUGUGGGUUCCAGAGUUACUUUGCCUUGUAGGGUGAUAAAUAAGAGUGGAAUUUUGCAAUGGACCAAGGAUGAUUUUGGACUUGGCACCCAUAGGAACCUUAGCGGGUUCGAGAGGUACUCCAUGGUGGGCAGUGAUGAAGAAGGUGACUUCUCAUUGGACAUAUACCCAGUGAUGUUGGACGACGACGCUCGUUAUCAAUGUCAAGUAGGUCCAGGUUCAAAGGGCGAGCCGGGCAUAAGAAGCACUUUUGCUACCUUAACCAUCCUUAUUCCCCCAGAAGCACCGAAAAUCGUACAGGGCGACUACCUGGUUACCACAGAAGACAGAGAAAUCGAGCUAGAGUGUAUCAGUUCAGGUGGCAAACCUGAGGCAGAGAUCACUUGGAUCGAUGGACUAGGGAACGUGUUGACGGAAGGGAUAGAAUAUAUAUCUGAAAAACUACCGGAUGGAAGACGAUUUACUGCAAAAUCGAUUUUGAAGUUGACUCCACGAAAAUUACAUCACAACACGACUUUUACUUGCCAGGCCCAGAACAGAGCCGAGAGGACGCACCGAACUGCGAAGCUGAAGCUGGAGGUUAAAUAUGCACCAAAGGUGACAGUAACUAUCAUCUCUGGCCUAGGCAGUAACGGCCGAAUUCCAGAGGGCGCUGACGUCAGGCUUAGUUGCCAAGCUGAUGCGAAUCCAAGUGACGUCACUUACAGAUGGUUCCUGAAUGACGAACCAAUGAUAGGCGACUACACCACUCAGCUAAUUCUUCGAAAUGUUUCCAGAAAACAUCACGACUCCAUAGUAAAGUGCGAAGUGCACAACGCUGUGGGAAAAAGUGAAGAAAGCGAGACCUUGGACAUUAGCUAUGGUCCUCAGUUUAGAACAAAACCUAAGUCGAUCCAGGCUGACUUGGGAGCAAGCGUAACUUUGCAAUGUGAUGUCGAUGGUAAUCCUUAUCCAGACAUUACAUGGUACCAUGAGGAUAAAAAGAAAAUGGUUAGCACCACCCCUAACUUGACCAUAAGGGUUGAACACGAAACGGCUGGUAGAUAUUACUGUAAAGCUCAUGUCAAUGGGUUCCCUGAAAUUGGUGCAGAAGCAGCCAUCUACCUAAAAGGGCCACCAUCAAUUGUGAGUCAUCGCACACAAUUUGGAAUCGAGGGAGAUAACGUCAGAGUUGAAUGCACUGCUUUCUCCAUACCUUCCCCUGAGCGUGUGGUGUGGACUUUUAAUGGUAGAGAAGUUGACUUACACGACCAAGACUAUUCGAUUUUAGAAGACCCUUUACCGGAAGGAAUCAAGUCUACCUUGGUAAUCAGGGAAUCUCAGGAAAAACACUUUGGGAUGUAUAAUUGUAGCGUUUCAAAUCCUUAUGGAAGUGAUGUUGUGGAAAUUAACCUAAUGCCUCAAAAGAGUUUUCCCAUGCUAAUUAUUGUAAUUGGUGUUAUUGGUGCUAUUAUUAUUCUCAUUAUAAUCAUCAUGAUCAUAUUCUUAUGUCAACGUCAAAGCAACAAGAAACCUCCUCCAGAAACGUGUGAUGGUAACACUAUAGAAAAACAAUGCAAGGAAUCCGACAGAAGUUCGAAUAUAUCCGAUCUUAAAUUGGAUCUAAGGACAGGUUCAUCGAAUAGUAACGUACACUGCGAUAUGGACUACAUUCCCGGUGCUGAAUCAGAAACAGGAAGCGAGUCAGUAAUCACAAGGAUAGGUGUUCCUUUGGCAGGUCCUGUAAAUGUUGCUGGUCAAGAAAUCUACAGGUACUCUGCUGAUUAUACGGAACCCAGUUUUCCACCAAAGGAUGGUCAAAACAAUAAUGGUUACGUUCCGUACGUGGACUACUCGCGUGAUUACAACCCUCCAAUGAUGCAACCACCGAUAUCGUCUUCACUGGACCCAUGUCGGGAGAGUCUGCAGUCCACCAGGCUGCAGUUGAACUCGUUGCAGUCGCACACGCCAGUCAGCGCGGCUUCAAUGCCGAUGAACGAUCUUACAGACCUGCACCACUUGCCGAACGGCAACAUGGCGGGUAUUGAUCCCAGGUACAGCGCCGCCUACGGCAACCCCUAUCUGAGGAACCCCAUCGUGGGUCUGCCCACCCCCAACACCGCCAAUCCGGCAGCAACGCCCGCCCCACCCCCCUACUCGAGAGAGAACUCGCGUUUAGUGAACUCUAGUGGCAUGAUCACAGCCAGUGCUAACGUGGUGAACACAGUGGUGGCGAACGGCGCCAACGGGUCACUGCCUCAGGUCACCAGGCUUCCGAACUCGCCAACCAGUCAGUACAUUAUUCCAAACUCGAACUUGGCCACAAUAAAGCGGGGAACCAUGGCAACGCAUGUGUAAUUAAUGCAGACGCUUAGUGCUAAGUGAAUAUAUACGACAAGACUGAGUAAUAUAUCAAUUGAAUAAAUGACUUUUAUUGUUCAAUUUUUUGGUAAUGCUGGUCAGACACACAAUUAAUUACACUGAAAUCUUGUCCCUGAAUUUUAAAAGUAUGUGGGUCAUUUUAUGUUUUCUGGAGUAAAAUAAAAUUCCUUUAAAAGGCGUUUUUAAAACUUUCAUAUGUGUUCAGUAGAUUCGAUUAAAUAAAAAGAUUCUUGUUAACCUGAAAAUGAAGUACGACUUAUCUGAAUCUUUGUAGAACGAUAUCUAAAGGUUUUUUAUGAAAAAUAUAUCUCUUUGGUCAUCCGGCGUCAUCUUGGUUUCCGAACGAGUCUAAUAUCAAUAAAUGUCAUAUCAAUAAUAAACUUUUAAAUUCAAGAAUACUGUGUAAUUUUUGUAGGUCAAACUAGCACAAACAUUUAUUGACGCCGAACGAACAGUCCUAAUGUAAAUUCUACUAGACAAUUAAAUUAAUUGACCGAAUUAUUGAUUAAAAAUUAAUCGAAUAGUACAAUAUUUGUACUUGCAGUUACAUAUUUUACUUUAUUAUAUAUUUUUUGUUAUUCAAUUCAUAGACGUUUAAAUAACUUAAAACAUUUAAUAGAAAAUAAAGUCAAUUUAAAGCCAAUAAAAUAUUUUAAUACAUAUAGGCAACUUAUAGUCAAUACUGAAAAGUCUAUAAUUGAGUAGGUACCAACAAACUUGCUUUCAAACUUAAUUAUUGAAUUGUUAUUAUUCAUUGUUUUUAAAGCUACGGAUACAGAGUCUAUUACAAUCAUUACUUAUACAGCAUUUUGAUACCUGUAAAUAUUUUGUAUAGAAUUAAGAAUGCCCAUAAGCCUGACUGCUAGCUAACUAAUAAUGCGUUAAUACAUAAAUAAAUUAAUGUAAUUGGUAAAAUAUGUUACUGAAC